GUAUAAAACUGAUGGCCCCCAGCGAUCACUGUUUCACUAAUUGUAUAGAACAGCCUCGAGAGUGAUCAAUUUUAUUGCAAGGUCUUUCCAGAAUGAAAUCGAAACUGCUAACGGUGUUGACUCUUGUCGUUCUGCACUUUCACCCGGGAAAAUCAACUUUAGCCCCCGUACUGAGUGUUUGUUCCCGCAAUGACCCAAAUUUCGAAAAGUGUGUCAUGGAGGUGGUGUAUCGGAUAAGGAAAAACGUCGCCGAUGGCGAUUACGGAGAUGGCCGGCCGGCUCCGAAGCUCGAUCCGAUGAACUUCGACCUGAUGAAGAUCGAUCGGGGUCCCACGUUCCACCUGAAUCUGAUCAACGUGACCAUCCAGGGGGCGAGUGAUUUCAACAUCAAGAAAAUUCGAGACAAUUUACCCGAAAGGAAGUUUGUUAUAACGACGGUGAUACCGGUUAUGAAUAUCAAUGGAAAAUACGAUAUGAAUAUGAACAUACUGUUGAUGCAGGUGGCCGGAACGGGUGAUUUCCAUUUGCAACUGAAUGACACCGUUGCCAAUUUGAAGAUGGAGUACAAAGUCACCCCGCAGGAUGCGGAAGUGCUGUCUGGAGUUUGUCAUACGGAGGAUCCGAAAUUUUCGGAAUGUGUCGCGGAUGUGGUUGACAAGAUAAGGCCUAACAUUGCCUCCGGCAAUUUUGGCAAGGAUCGCGUAGCCGUUCCUCUCGAUCCGUACUGGAUGGAUAAGAUGGACAUCGAUCAUGGGCGUAGCUUCCGGUGUUUUCUGCGAAAUGUAACCAUCGAGGGAGUGAGCACGUUCCAGAUUCUUAAGAUCAAAAAGGAUAUUCCGGCAAAGAGGUUUAACAUCACUGUGAGGAUACCGAAGCUUUUCGUUUUCGGAAAGUACGAUUUGGAUAUGAACAUACUGCUGCUGAAAAUUUCAGGCAAAGGAGACUUCAAUUUGACUUUAGGCAACACCUUGGUCAGUCUCAAGCUGCAGUAUUUCGCAGACACCAAGGACGGAAAAGACUACAUGCAGUACCGUCCGCUGGAGAUCAAAUUCAAAUUCGACAAGGCCGAGUUCUAUCUGAAGAAUCUGUUCAACGGCGAUCCGGCCCUGGAGAAAAUUGGCAACCAGGCCAUCAACGCCGAUCCGCACGUGCUGCUGGAGGAAGUGAGGCCAUCGAUGGAACAACAGCUGCGGGAUUCACUGACCGACAUCUCGAAUACUGUGGUGAGGGGCUCGGAAAUUCUGGAACUGCUGCCUCCGUAAGCGUUUGUUGAGGGUCGAGUGCACGUGUGUAACUUUAUUCAAUCGAUUCCAAAGAAUUAAAGCUGUAGGGUAAUAGGUUUA